GUUGUUGUGUGGGCCAAUCACGACGAUGCAGUGUUCAUCCGAGAGUUCACCCUCAUUCGCCGAGACCACCUCUCAGAGGAGCCCCUCCAUGAUGCCGGCCAAAAACCCGAAGACGCGGCAAAGACCGACAACCUGCCGAAAACGGUUCUGCGACCCACCAGUUGAGAACCACUGCUCUAUAUGAUAAGAGCACUUCGCUAUUUUGAAGGACCUACUGCAAAAACAAGGAUCAAAGAUCCUCCACAUGGACAGUAAUUCUCUACUGCUAUAAAUGCUGUACACUGACUAGUCCAAAGUAUACAUUGUAAGUUAACCUUCUGUACUACUUUUCUCUUGAGAAGAUAUACUGCCAUGUGCCAUGACUAGUCACUCUAAAUGUCUGGGCUUUAAAGGUGUCCAAAAACCACAUGAGAGGACAAAAAGAGAAGCCAGACACGAGCAAGGAGGAGACAGAAAUAUAACAUUAAUAGAAAUAAACGUGUGAUUUUGCAGCUGGCGUCCAGUCCAACUUCUUGUUUGAAUGCUUGACUGAAGACCAUUUAUUGAUUGGCCAGACAUCAUGGGACCCCUCCUUCCGUCCUCACAUUGCACAUAGAAAAUACCUCCCACCUCCCCUCCUUCCUUAACCUCCCCUUUAAUCCAAGUCCCUCCUGAGGAAGCAGAGAGGAGGGUUGCAGGCGUACAGGACUGACCCAGAGAGGACAGCUGCUAUUAAGGCUUUGUGAAGCCAUGGAGUGUGCUUCAUCUUGCACGCUACUGCUGACAUUUCUUCUUUUUGUGAGCUCGCGGACAGCCCGCUCGGAAGAGGACCGAGACACUCUUUGGGACGCCUGGGGGUCGUGGAGCGAUUGUUCCCGUACCUGCGGAGGAGGAGCGUCCUAUUCCCUGAGACGAUGCCUCAAUUCCAAGACGUGCGAAGGACAGAAUAUCAAGUAUCGCACAUGCAGUAAUGUGGACUGCCCCGUGGAAGCCGGAGACUUCCGAGCUCAGCAGUGUUCAGCCCACGCCGACGUACGCUACCAGGGCCAGUACCAUGAGUGGCUGCCUGUCUACAAUGACCCAGACAACCCGUGCGCCCUGAAGUGCAAAGCCGAGGGCUCGUCAGGGCUGGUGGUGGAAUUGGCACCCAAGGUUCUGGAUGGGACGCGGUGCUACACAGAGUCCCUGGACAUGUGCAUCAGUGGAGCAUGCCAGAUUGUUGGCUGCGACCACGAGUUGGGAAGUGCAGCAAAAGAAGACAACUGUGGCGUGUGCAGUGGAGAUGGCUCCUCCUGCAGGCUGGUACGAGGACACUACAAAUCCCAGCAUGCCUCGGGAAAAAUUGAGGACACUGUGGUGAUCAUCCCCUUUAAGAGUCGACACGUGCGUCUUGUCCUCAAAGGUCCGGAUCACUUGUAUGUGGAGAGUAAGACUCUACAAGGGGUAAAAAGCCAACUUGUCCUGAAUAAGUCAGGGCAGUACCACCUGGAAAAUACCACCUUGGAUUACCAAAAACUCUCUGAUAAGGAAGUUCUGAGAAUUCCUGGGCCACUCAGGGCUGAUUUCACCAUCCAGGUCCAUUUUGCAAGUGGAGCAGACAGCAUCAUCCAGUACAUCUUCUACCAGCCUAUCAUCCACCGCUGGAGGGAAACGGACUUCUUCCCUUGCUCUGUCACAUGUGGAGGAGGGUACCAGCUGACGUCCGCGGAGUGCUUCGACAUGCGCAGUGGCCGUGUGGUUGUGGACCAGUACUGCCAUUAUUACCCAGAGAACAUCAAACCCAAACCCAAACUGCAGGAGUGCAACAUGGAGCCUUGUCUUGCCAGCGAUGGCUACAAGCAGAUUAUGCCGUAUGACCUCUACCACCCCUUGCCUAGGUGGGAGAGUAGCCCCUGGACCGCCUGCUCCACUUCCUGCGGCGGUGGCGGCAUCCAGAGUCGCUCCGUCUCCUGUGUGGAGGAGGACAUGCAAGGCACCAUCAUGGCUACUGAGGAGUGGAAGUGUCUCUACGCACCCAAGGCGGCCAUCCUACAGCCCUGCAACACCUUUGACUGCCCCACCUGGCUGGCCCAGGAGUGGUCUCCUUGCACAGUGACUUGUGGUCAGGGUCUACGCUACAGGGUGGUGCUGUGCAUUGACCACAGGGGGCUCCAUGCUGGAGGAUGCAACCCCACCACCAAGCCCCACAUCAAGGAGGAGUGUCUGGUGACUGUGCCCUGCUACAAGGCUCUUGAUACGCUACCUGUUGAAGCCAAACCUCCGUGGCACAAGCAGGCCAUCGAGCUGGAAGAGGAGAUCGCCGUAACUGAGGAACCCAACUUCAUCCCAGCUCCCUGGCAACCCUGCAGCAGAACGUGCGGCGCCGGCACACAGCGGCGCACCGUCAAGUGUCAGCUGUUGCUGUCCUUCUCCCAGACUGUGGCUGACCUCCCUGAUGAUGAAUGCUUGGGCAUCAAACCUCCAGAGAGCCAACCCUGCUACCGUACUCCAUGCCACAAGCCAGAAGGAGGUGAUGGUGUGGAGGAGGAAGAGACAGAGAUGGAGGAGAUGGUCCAAGGAGAGGAGCUGCAUGAGUGGGAAUAUGACGGGUUCACCCAGUGCUCCGAGAGCUGUGGAGGAGGUGUGCAGGAGGCAGUGGUCAUCUGCCUGAAUAAACAGACCAAGGAGGCAGCUUUGGACCAGAGCUUGUGUGUGAGCGCCCGCCGACCCCCGCCACUUCUUCAGGACUGCAAAACACAACCUUGCCCCCCCAGGUGGGAAACAGGGCAGUGGAGCUCAUGUUCCGCUUCCUGCGGUGUUGGCCUGAUGUCCCGCACUGUGGCGUGUACUCACCAGCCCUCACGGGACAGCAACAUUACUGAGAUUGUGAGGAAUGACGACUGCUACGAUCCCAAACCAAACCCCGUCCAAGCCUGCAACCGCUUUGACUGCCCUCCCAUGUGGGAAGCACAGGACUGGGGCCAGUGCUCUGGUAGCUGUGGUAAUGGACUUCAGAGGAGGCUGGUUCAGUGCAAACAGCGUUUGGCAGAUGGUAGCAUCCUGGAGGUGCCCGACACAUUUUGUCCUUCCAAGAGCCCAGCCAAGCAGAGGACAUGUACUAAGCAGCAGUGUCCACCUCAGUGGGUCACUAGCUGGUCCCAGUGUUCAGUGACCUGUGGAAAUGGUAUCCAAAGGCUGGAAGCUGUCUGCAGGAAACAAGGCGAGGAUGGACGACAUCAGACCAUCGAUUCAAACAACUGCUCCUCUCUAGCGCGACCCAGCAGGGUCCGACCUUGUUCUCUUAGGCUCUGCAAGAAUUCCUUGAAACCCGGCCCCACCAUACUGGCCCAGAGGAAUGUCUAUAUUCAAUGGAGGAAGAGCAAAAAGGUCCAUUUGGUAGUGGGUGGUAGCGCCUAUCUACUCCCUUGGACCACUGUCCUCCUUCGUUGUCCUACCCGCCACAUCCGUAAGGGAAACAUUCAAUGGUUGAAGGAAGGGAAGCCUAUGCUGAGUCUCCCGCACCUGUUUGUUACCUCUGUGGGAUUAGUGAAGAUCCAGCAAAUAGGAGUAUCUGACGCCGGCACGUAUACAUGUGUAGCAGGCCAAGCUAAGGAACAUUUAGUCCUGCAGAUCAUUGGCAACAAGCAAAAGACAUCCAUUACAGAGGACACAAACCCAUAUGAGCGUUUUGUAGAGCAUUUGCUCCAAGUCAAAUCUGCCUCUGAAGACGAUUUUUCCAUUCCAAACGUUCUCAUUCUCGAUAGCCAGAAGCUAGAGGACAACCUGAGACGACAACAAGGGGAGCAACUCAUUGGUCAGUUGGUCAGUCAGCUGUUCCACUAUGAAACCAAUGAGUCCACUCUACACCAUCCGGCAAGUCCGCAGGUGCCCCUCCUUCGAAAACCACACUCAACCAGAUCCAGAAUCCCCGUCAUCAUUCAGAGAUCCAGGAAAGUCGGAAUGGUGUCCUCUUCCAAUGUUGUAGUCCACGUAGGAUCACCUGUCUUGCUCCGAAAGCCUGUUGCCACUUUGGAAAUGAAGUGUGAGACUCUCGGGUACCCGGAACCUUUCCUAAGUUGGACAAAAAACGGAAAACAGCUGCACUACAACAGCAGAAUAGACCUGUUGCCAACUGGCUCGCUUAGAAUCCAGUCUCCAAACCGGGCGGACGAGGGACUCUACACCUGCACUGCCAGGAACCGCCUCGGGUCCUCGUUGCUCUCAUCUUGGUUGCAGGUUACAGGAAACAAAGGAAGAAUCUGUGUCCAAGGAGUUUGCUCUGAUAGGAGCAACCAGUCUCUGUGCAGUGGACAAGACUGCCUCCUCAGGUGGCGUGUGGACCCUUGGGAGCCAUGUUCGGCCAGCUGUGGUGGAGGUUCCCAGACCAGACAUGUCCGCUGCAUGAGGGGUCCUGAUGACAGAUCGAGGGACGUGGAGGGCCACCAUUGCUUUGGUGUGGGGCGGAGACCUCCUGAUACCAGGAUAUGUAACAUUCUGCCCUGCGCCAGCUGGGCCACAACCGCCUGGGGACUGUGUAACAGCCAGUGUGUGGGUCCCAGUUUGGCUGCACAGCAUCGCCGUGUUUACUGCCAAGACACAAAUGGCACCAAAGUGGCCUACAGGAUGUGCAGCGGCCUUCAACAGCCCACUUCCACUCGGAAUUGCUCCACAGAUGCCUGCGCUCUCCAGUGGCGAGUCGGGCCGUGGACGCAGUGCACUGCCACCUGCGGGCGACACGGUUUCCAGUCACGCCGGGUCGUCUGCACGCAACAGGCGACUGGACGGCUGACUCGGGAGCAUCAGUGCAUGUGGAAGCCUCGUCCUCCCAGCUGGCAGCGUUGCAAUCUCUCCUCCUGUGGCAGAGCCGGAGAGUGCAGAGACAGCACCAGGUACUGCGAGAAGGUUCGACAGUUGGAGCUGUGCACGCUGCCUCAAUUUAAGAGUCGCUGCUGUCACUCAUGCCUCAACACCUGAGGGAUGCGGGGGACGUGGAGACGAUGGACAUUCCUGCUCAGUUGACGCUGAGAAGGUCCAGUGAGGACCUUUCAUCUCUGAACCCACGCAUGAACCACUGGAAGUGUGUCAUUGCAUUUUUGGGUAGGCCAUAAACUCCAAUCAGAGCGCUCAUAUUGUCGGUCCAUUCACACACAAUGUCAAUUUAAUAAGCAAAGCGACGUCGCCUACCUGGCUUAAAACGCAGCCUUUUUGACCUUUGUAAGGCCACUGAAUUACCCACUAGAACUUGUCAGUUGCACAACCACAUGCGAUUUGUUUGUCCAUUCACACACAAUAUCAGUUUGAGAAGCAAAGCAAAGCCACGCAGCUUUUUUGACACUGCCAGCUUCGGCAUGUGAUGUGAGACAGUCGUUUUGUUGUUUGCACACCUCUUGGUCCAUUCACACACGAUAUCAAUUUCAUCAGCAAAUCAAAAGCACUCACCUGACUUAAAAAGCUGACUUUUUUUUACCCUGAAGGCCACCGUAUUUCGACCACGUGGCAUAUUUGUCUGUCAAUUCACACAUAAUGUCAGUUUACCAAGCCAAGUCACUAACUUUGCAAAAGGCCACCGUAUUUAUGCAGUCUUUUUGACCCUCCAAGGCCUGCGAAAUUCCCACUAGUGCGCGUCAAAGUCAACUACAUGGCAUUUGUCGCCUUGCACAUUUGUCUGUCCCUUCACAUAAUGUCACUUUGAUAGGGUAAGCCAAGUCACUCACUUCGCCUAAAAAUGCAAACCCCUGAAGGCCACCCCACUCACAGUACAUAGCUUUAAUUUGGCAUGUGAUUAGAGUUUAACACAGUCACGGACCAUUUAGUCCUUUUCAGCACUUGUCGGCCCCUUCACACGCAAUAUUGACAUAAUAAGCAGAGCGACAUCACUCAGUUUAAAACGCAGCCGUUUUGACCCUGUAAGGCCACAUUUCCCACUAGUGCUUGCCAAAGUUAACAGUUGCACAGCCACAUUCAAACUUAAUGUCAGUUUUGAUGCCCUUGAAGGCCACCGUAUUUCUCCCUUGGAAAAAAAAAAAAAGUCAUGAAAAAAAGGACAUUAAAUUGUAGAGAAGUUGGUCUGACCGACAUUUUAACAUAGUCCUGCUGGGGUUGCACUAAUUGAGGAGGCGUCGUUCUUGCGGAGAUUUAAAAACACAAAAUGACAAUUAUUUUGCACUCGGAAACUCAACUUAAGUUUUUGUUAAGAACAGGACUUAUGGUUAAGUUACUUUUUUAUGUGUUUCUUGCUGAUAUUUGCCCAUAUGCCCAUUUUUAACCACUCGUUAUGCUUUUGCACGUUUAGUCGCCUGGUAAUAAAGCCUAGCUGCAAUAAUCCCCUCAAAAAUGUGUCAUAUAUCGACAAAUUAAAGGAAAAAAAAAACAAGCCCAUUAAAGCAGACAUGUUAUGUUUCUCUUUUCUUUAUUUAUUCCAGAUGGGCAACAUGUUAGACUACUUGGCUUUUUGUUUAUGUGUGAUUUAAAAGAAGAAAACAACAUAUAAUGUAUAUGCUUACAUUGUGUAGAUAUCUAUUUUUGUCUCCAUUAUUUAUUAUACAUGUGUUUUGUGUAUAGUUUUGUAUAUAAAUACAUGGUUGGGUUUUUAAGUGUUUUCAUGUCCCUACAGAUGAUUGUAUUUGUUGUGUGUACGCGCAGAGGGCGCCCUCUGCUGGUCAAGCAGUGUUUUUUUAUUAAAUAAAA